CCCCGUCUUUGACAGGUAUCUCAACUAUCCGAAUUCAGAGGUGGUAUAUGCGCUGGAUAGUAUUUGCAGUGGGAGAACACAUUGCUACUAUAACUGCUUUCGUACCUGGAGCUGGAUAUAGCUGGAAAUAUCCACACCAGCUAUCCGUCAGAACCUGGUUUGAAAACCCGGUGCUAGAGCCAUCCAAGAUGCUGCUGGUGCUAGUAUGGCCACCACAGCCACUGUGGGACGAACCACAACCCUAGCUUUCACCGAAAUCGACAACUUAGAACCACAUACUAAGCGGUCAGGAUCCAUCCCCCUGUUCCAUGACACUUGUCCAUCCUCGGGACGAACCAUCAGAGCAGACCCACAGUGGCCGCAGAUCGAGUCGCCCACUGCCUAUGGUGUAGAGACAGAGGAGGCCCAAGGUCAGGGCCGUCUGGCGGGAAGUUCACUCAACCCAUACAGCAGCAGUACCAUGGGUGAGCAUAUGUCCAUGCUCCGUUUGCGUGUAUCAACGGCCAUCAGACAUGAGCGUGGCAAACAUGACUUGAACGCACCCCUCUUCGGUUCUCCGGGAUGCAUUGUCUUGGCCCCAAGUGGAUUUCCCUCCUUUGGUUAUUGUUUGGAUACGUUCCCGACUGAUGUCAAAAAUCUUGGGCGCCGUACGGGACGGUUUACAAAGGAAUGUGCUUGAGAGGCCUGCGUAGUAGAUUGAAUAACGCGGGGACUCCCUUAUGGCCUUCUUUACGGUAG